UCAACAUCAAAACAUUUGUUUCUCCUUUCAUUUAAACACAGUGCAUUGAGUUGAAUUGAGUCACCGUCUUACCACAGUUCUAACACUACCAUAUAUGGAUAGAAAUCCCCCUUCGUGCGCAUAGACACCCCAAACACCGUCUUUCUCUUUCUGACCAUGGAUUCACAAGCACAACAAUCACCGCAUAUUCAAACCGUCAUGAAGUCGAAACAUUCUUCAUUGGAUAAUUAUUUUUCUGUGUCAACUCGCCUAAUGCUAUACAAAAUAAAAACAUCGGAUACACGCGAAGAAAAUUCGAGAACAAACGAUUAUGGAUCACCAUCAGUUAAAUUCGAGCAGGCGUUGAAACGCUCUGCAUCUGUUUCAACAACGGAGACAAUUGCCAAUCGUGUAAAUAAUCAAACUAAUAAAGAAAAGCAACGGAGAAUUCAGGAGGCCACGAAGAGAUUGAUUUGUGCACUUCCCGAUGGUUCGUGCUCGAGGAAGUUGAAAGAGAGGUACCAGCAGUGUUACAACGAGAAGAUUGACGCUAAAAGUAUUCCUGCCGGUAAGCAGGACGGGAAAUUUGAGAUGUCGAAGGAGACGCACACUUCCACCGACGAAACGAUCCCGUUUGUCCUACCAGGAGGGACAGAAAUGCAUUUCGAUAGCAAUGGGUACCCGCAUGAUGUUAUGCUUCCUGGGGAUACAAUUCCCGUUGCUAUGAUGUCCAACGACGAUAAACAAAUCUAUUCUCCUGUAACCAUUGAUGAAGCUUAUGAUCCUUCCAAGUUUUGGUUCACACUUGCGAAUAAUGAACAGAAAAUAGAGGAAUAUAUUCAAAGUAUCGAGGAUUUUUACAGUGUUCACAGCGUGGAUUACGCUGUUUCAGAAACACAGCUGGUUCCUGGAUUGUAUGUGAUUGUGUUUGAACGUGAAAUGCAAGUCUACCGCGCUGUGGUGGCCAAGGUCAAUCCCAUCAAGGUAUUUUGUAUCGAUGAUGGCGACGUGCAACGGGGCACUUUGGAUAAUAUUUACUUCAUGCACAAGAAGUUUAGUGAUUUACCCAGACAAGCCCUGCGUGGGCGGUUGUCAGGUGUGGUACCACCAGGUAAAAAUGCGCAGUGGAGUCGCGAAGCUGCUUACAGAUUUUUGGAACUCGUCCAGUUGAGGAAGUUCGAUGGUUCAAUUGUCCGUACUGACUGUUCACAAGGGGAUAGGAUCUACGAGCUGGUACUCCGCGAUUCGUCGAAGGACGGAGAGAUCUUUAUUCAUGAUGUACUCCUGAGUGAAGGCUGUGCCAUUACACCUGAUCAGGAGCCUUGGGAGGCCGUACAAGCUGACUACGAGCCAGCCGUGACCAAUCUUCACUUGUACCCUUUAUUCAUUGAAAUCGAAAUGGCCGUUGUCCCCACACAUGCUGAAAUGCGCCAGUUGAUUGCCCGGAAUGUCCCACUUUAUGAAAUAUAUCCGAUUUAUUUCAACCGCGUUGCGGAUAACAAAGUUAUACAAUGGUUGAAGGAUUCUGCAGGUGCAACCAAACAAGAAAUCGAACGUGUUGUUAAUGAUCGUGGUUCUGCAAGUGGAGAAUCAUCAAUUUCCCUCGGAAUGGAGGGAUUACACACAUUUGAAGAACAAGAACAAGACGAACGGGAAGUUACACUGGAUAAUAUUGAUGAUGUUGUUCCACCUCAACCUCUACCUGUGGUACCACCUUUUCCUACAAUUAUAGUACGGAAGGGACCCGAUUAUAUUCAUCGGGGACUCUUUAAUAAUAUCCCCAGUUUGAAUUGUGGGUUUCCACUGCUACAUCCAGUGCUACGGAACAAUUUCCUGCAUGAUCCUCAGACCCAUUGGAGGCAAAUGAUGCAAUGCAGACAACGUGUCCGGGAAUUCUUUCAAAAUCAACCCAGAGGAUCCGUGUUUCAACCCGCAGUAAGAAAACCAUUGAAUUGUGCAUGGGAACCCAUUGACGAUAGGGUUACGUCAACCACCGAUGGUCCCUUGACCAAUACCAACCUGGUACCUGAGGAGACAUGCAUGAAAAUAUCACAAAAAAAGAAAUACGUUAUUAGCACUUUGUUUUUGGGAAAACCAAUCCAUAUAAUACGUAUAAUGUCGUUACCCUGCGUGGCGGUGCUGGAAAUCCAGGAAAUGUUCACCGGGAGGAAAGAUAUUGAUCUUCUACGGCGUUUGUUUAUAGUGACCGACCUGGUAAUGUCGGUUUUGCGACUUGACAGUAUAAAUUACCAGCUUCUGCAUGAGCUGGCAACGAAUCAUCUUUUCAGUGACCAUUCCUGCAUGCAGUACACAAGCCUCAGCUCUUUGCAAAAAAUGGUCACGUGUAUAACACGCGAAGAGUGUGUAUAUCCGAAUUUCAAGGAAUGGGUUGAUCAGUUUUCCGAACAGAGUUCCAUUUGGAAUUUUGAGGAUUAAUUACGAACUUUUACUUUAAAAGUAUCAUUUUU